AUGAUCGACUACGUGCACGCAGGGGAACCUGCGAGGAAGAGGCUUCGUACAUCCCAUGCGUGUGACCUGUGCCGAGCACGAAAAAUCAGAUGUGAUGGGAAAGAUCCUUGCGUGGCAUGUGCUUCGACCGAAAAUGACUGCACAUAUGGCUCCGAGGCCAAUUCGAGAGGGAAGAGCGACUUGAUAUUGGAUGGAGUGUUACGUUUGGAAACCUUCCUGCAUAAAAUGAACGCCAAUCUCAUGUCGCUGCAGUCAAUGACAACCUCAACCCAAACGGCGUCAACACGAACCACAAGCUUCUCCAGCAGUCCUCUGAGUGACCUGCAUACGCAUCACCAAACACUCAGUCGUCAACGUACUAGAAGUAUUGGCCAGUAUGGGAUGAGUCCGACAACUCCUACCCCCAACGAGCUCGAAAAUGCAGUGCUCGAAUCUUGGCACACCUCGACGACUGAGUCCGUGUUGCACUGGCCACACUUUGAUGCGUUUCCCAGUCUUCGACAGCAUUACAUACCAAUCUUCGAGCUGGAAAGGUCGCGCCACCCGCUGAAAGUCAAAAGCCAGUGGUCUGACGAUGCAUCGUGCAAUCUCCCAGAAGAGGAAAUAGAUGCAACCCUGGAUGCCUUUUCCCAAAACUUCAACUUUUGGUACCCAACAAUGUCACUGCAUCAACUGGAAAAAACGAAGCAGACAAUGUUGGGUGGUUGCCAUGAAGAGGAGGACACGCCAGAGACUUGCCUAGCAUUGUUGACGUUAGCAUUGGGCUAUGCGAGCAAGGUCACCUCGAGACUGGUGAACAGUCCACGGUCACCGGAUUCGAGAGAAAAAGAAGAAAAGGCUUCUGCUCGCUCUAGGGGCGACCUCUUCUUUGAAAAAGCACUGAAAAUGCUUUAUGUGGCUCAAACUGAUGUAAGCUCAACAUCAGCUCAGUGUUUGUUCUUCACUGCCAUCUACUUUGCUUUCCUCCGGCGUCCUCUCCAAGCAUGGCAGUGCAUCUCGUCAGCAUCGUCAAAAUGCAUGUUGCUGUUGUCUUACGCAGAUUCAGUCCCCUCCACCUCGUCGCCUUACAUACAGUCAUCGAACACACACCUGCCAAGUCCAAGGAACGUCGGUGCUGAAGACGAAGAAAGAACAAAAAGAAUCUUUUGGGCUUGCUACAUUCUCGAAUCGGAUUAUCUAGCUGAGCUGUCCCACGUACCAUUAUCGGGCAUUGCCAGAAUUGAGUCUUCAGUCUCACUGCCGGUGGGCACGUAUCACACCCAUGAGUCACCCAAGGACGAGGAGCUGUCGUCGUUGUACUUCCUGGCAUGCAUUUCAAUGAGACGGCUGCUGAAUCGAGUACAUCAGCUUUUAUACGCAAAGGAUACUGGUGCGGGGAUGGACAUCAAUCGAUUUCCCAGCGUGGUUGCGGAACUGGACCACCAGUUGGAGGAGUGGAGAGACGUUCUUCCUAGCGCUUUUACGUUUGAGGUGCCGGAAAUCGACUCUAUGCGACAGCGGAAGCCGUCUGGCGAAAUGACUGAACAUGGGAGGUUUCUGAGGCAGAGAUACCUGACUUGCCGAAGUGUGAUAUAUCGACCGUACCUGAUGGGGAUGCUCAGUGGGCAGUCCCUCCCUAAUAUCAAUGACGGAAUCGGGAACACCAGUCCUUCUGUAUCACCGAACCAGGGCAUCCUCGGCAAUUGCAAGUCCUGUCUCGACGCCUGCCUCCUUCACAUCCUCAAUCUGCGAGGUUUUUCCCAAACAAUCCUCGUAGACACCUGGAUUUGUUCUCUGUCAAUGGCCGGGGCAAUGCUUGUCCUUCUUGCCGCAUGUCAAGUGCCAUCGUUACGCAACCUCAUCGGACCAGAAGUCUUGGCUGCAGGACAUCACCUCACCCAGUUGUUGGAGGGCUGGCAGGAAGUUGCUGGGGGACCAAGUUCACCCAGCGUGGAUCAAAGCGUCCAUAUUAUUAAGGAGGCGGAUGGGUUCAUUCGGAAUGUGUAUGAUCAAGAUGGGUAA